AUGUCGCGUGAAGAAGACUCUGCCGCGCCUGGCCCCCAAGUUGUUGGUAGCACGACCUACUCGGAUAGUCUUCCUGAGUCAAACAAUGUCGUUUUAUUCCCAUCAGAUGCCAGCGCUAUAGAGGAGGACUGCAGAGGCUGCGUGGCCGCCGAGGCAGAAAGUCCCCUGCCGUGGAAGUUAUGCGUACUUCGAGCCCGUUCCACAUGUGGAAACACUCCUGAGUCUUCGGUCGCCGCCAAUGCUGGUUCUCCCAGAAGCGGUACCGACAGUGAUGUCCCUCAUACUGACGCGUCCGAACCCUACGACCGUGCCGAGUGUCUCAGAGGGGUCGAUCCCAACAAUGGUUCCGCCACGCUCGAGGCCUAUCAGCAGUCCAUGUUCGAUUUCAGCGCCGAGAUCCACUCGAACUUGAAGGAGAUGGGACCUGGACAACUGGAAAAUGGGGUCGAGGGAGGGAUUGAGCUGGGCAGGUGCGUCGCAUCGAAGGCAACACGCCCUCUGUCCUCCUGCCUGUUGAGCAGUAUCGAAACGGACCUGUCAUGCCGUGGCUGA